CGUCAACCACCAACUCCUGUGGCGCCAACUGCCUGAGAGUUUGGGGAGACCAACUCCACCGGCACCGAUUUCCACCGUCCACUUCCACCGAUUUCCGCCGUCGCUCCCAGCAAGAUGGGUCAUGCAGCGGUGCGCCGGUCCUGCGCUGUCUGCCUUCAGCGGUGAUGUCUCACCACUUGGUGCUGACGAGAGGUCAAGUUUAUGUGGGACGUGUUUGGCUUCACGCGACUUCUCGAAGCGCCACAUGGAGAACUGAUGCGGUUCGAUCCCUUCCAGGCGCCGUUCACGGCGGGUCACGGACGGCUGGUCUGCAGGCCAGGACCUUCGCCACGGACCUCACGGCGGAGGCGGAGGAGGCCGGAUCCUACAGCGGUGCUGGCAGCUCGAGCGGGCUGACACGCAAGGAGGUUGAGGAACUGCUGAAGGACCUUCGCAACACCAGACCAGCCGAGGAUGAUGAUGAGGCCCACCAGGAACAAUGUGCACGUCUGGAAAAGGCAGCUCCAGAUCUUCAGCGCCACCUCAUCACUGGCGAGCUCCCUCUUCGUCUCCAGCUGCUGCGGCGUGUGGCUGAGCUUGGGACGAUUCCAGGAAGACCGAUGCCCUACGCGCUUUACAUGUUGAUCUUCUUAGAGGAGUAUGCCAAGAUGAUCGAAACCCUCCGCGAUGGCGAGACGAUCAUGGACCGCGCCCAGGAGCUUCGGGAGGUCUUGCUGUGCUUCCAUCGUGCUGGUUUGACUCCUGAGCGCUUGAAGCUCCUCUACUCGCACAUCGAGAGGGACUUCCCUCGCUUCGAGGCGGCAGGCGCUCUUCUUCCCAUGGCGAACGCCGUGAGCCUUUGCCAUACGAUGUUGGCCACGGGGCUCAGCUCUCCCGGAGCUGUGGUGGUGUUGUUGCGCUCCGCGUCGCGGACGCCGCUCAUGGAGGUGGCGGACGAUGCCAAGGAGUUGCGGCUCUUGAAAGCCAUCGAGCUUCUGAUCCGAGUGGAUUUUCUCUACACACAGGAGCAACUGCCGCCUGAGGUGGCCGAAUACAUCGCCCUGGUGAGGGAUUUGCGCUUCUACGAUCGCGAGCUGCGUCGGGACACGGCGCUUUCUUAUCAAAUGGCCUUCUUCUUGCGAAAGCACGGCUUUCCCGCCAAGCGCAAGAUGCUGGGGCCAUACCCGCUGAAGAUCUGUGACCCCGAUGAGCGGAUCAACUUCGAGCCGGUGGAGGAGCGCAGCUGGAGAUUUGGUCUCUUAGAGGAACCACCUUCGCGAAAGAAGCGCCAUCUGGAGGCGCUGGGUUGGCGCUGCAUCGAGGUCCGCUGCAUCGAGGGCAGGGCAGGGCAGUGCUGGCGAUCAUGGGUGCGUGAUGCGGCAUGACAACUUCACCUGCAUCCUUUGGGAUUUGUUUGGGGGGAUGCAUGGGAUUGCAGGGGUGGUGAGGUUUGCUGGGUGGACACGGUGGGUCGUUUCUUUUUUUUCCUUGAAACGGGAUUGGCACACCACAGACGGCCCGCGUUUUUGGCAGGAUCCGAGGCUAAACACAGACGGCCACGCCCGAUUUGAUGGGGAAAAAGCCCGAGCAAGUGAUCAAUCGUGUCCCUCUUUUGUGGGUUUUUGUUCUGGCUUUUCUGCUACACCCAUGGAGCACCAAGUCGAGCCUGGUGUACCUCAGGUCCAGUACAGGAGCUUUCUUCGAGAGUAAGCCGCUGCCCGAUCUCCAGGCAGUAGGGGAAGUGAUGGUCCCAGACACUCCAUGGGACUGGCGCCGUGACUCAGAGGUCCGCCAGUCCGAUUCAGAGGUGCGACUCCCAGC